AUGGAAGAAUCCUUAAUUGACCAUGUGGCUAGGGAACAAGCUGUCGAACCGGGGACUGGACUCACCAGCAUGUACAAGUCUUAUGCACGCAGACUAACCCUGCUAAGAGUCUAUGAAAUGCCCUAUCAAGGGUGCCCGGAUUUCAACAUAUCCAAGUAUCACACAAUUCCAAGUAUCCAAUUCCAGUAUUCCAAAUCCGGGGAGGUACAUGGGGUGGUGCUUAUAGCACUCAAAACUGACAUAAACCACAACCCAACUCAUAUUCCAUAA